AUGUCAAAAUUACAAGAAACAGAGAAUAGACUACAAUUAACGAACGCACGAUUUGUAGCGUACUUAGAGAAACAUCGAAUAUACGAACUAUUUCACAACAUCGCGACUGAAUUGGUCGUUCACGAACCGGAAGACCAUAUUGUAUUUAUUAAACAAUACCUCGAGAAUGUCGCGAAAAGACUCGACGCCGUCAAGAUUAUUCUAAUCGCGCCACCAGCGUUCGACAGGACGGCUCUAGCCGAAGCUCUUCGCGACGAGUUAGGUGUUCAUCCGUUCACGGUGAAAGAGCUGCGGAAAGUUUGCGAAAAGGACAACGAGACCUGUCAUUGCGCGGAAUCAGAGGAUCUCGCGUUUGCCAUGAAAAAGAUUUUAGAGACCGACGCUCUGCACGCGUGCGGAUGGAUUCUCGUUGACUUGCCAAGAACGAAGAAGGAAGCACGAGUGUUCCAGCGCGCCGGAAUAAUACCAACGCACGUGAUACAGUUAACGAUCUCAAAGGAAUUAGACAAUUGGGAGAAUGUUUGUACAAACGACAGCACGUGUCGUCUGUACAAACCGAUCGAUUCGACGGGAAAAUCGGAGCAACAUCGUUACGAGAAAUGUUUACGAGGACUGAAGGAGGCGUACGCGAGCUGUUUGAUAGAAGUCGAGGUCGGAGUUAGAACCAUGGACGAGCUCGGGAAGGACUGCGCGAAACUGGCGAAGAUUAAGAGACACAACGGAGCUCCGUCUCUCUUUCGUAUCGCGCUGAUUGGGUCCAGGGGAUCUGGAUGCACGACGUUGGCGAAAUAUUUGGCCGAGCGAUUCAAUCUGGUCCACGUCGAUUACGAUUACAUAGCAGAACAGGUCCGCCUGCAGCAGAAUCCUUUGGGAGAGCUGAUCCGAAUGUUCGAGCUCGAAUGGGGGCAAAGGCCCAAGCCGGAGAUCAGGAUAAAGAUCGUCGAGAAAUACAUAUUCGGCUACGAAUGUCUGAAAAGGGGUUGGGUUUUAACCGGAUACCCGAAGACGGUAGACGAUUUUAAGCUGCUAGACCUCAGUUCUACCCCUCCGAACAGAGUGAUAUUCGUCGAAGCGAGCGGAGAUGUUUGCAGAGAAAGGCUGCUCGAUCGUCGCUAUAACAUCGUCACGGGCAGCAAACACGAUUUGUCCACGAAAAGUCACGAUCGCGAUUGCGAAUUAGGCGUCCACCCGAGGGACUACAGGCUGAUCGUCGAGCGAGAUCUACAGGAAUUCGAAGAGAAUGUAGCGGACAUGAUGCGGUACGCGGGCGAAUCCGCAGUGAAGAUCGAUGGAAACGAGAAUGAAAAGGCCGUCCGGGAAAAGGUGGAGGCAUGUUUAAUGCGUCCAGCCCCGAAUCAACAAUUGAGGGUACCAAAGGCUCCGCCUGAGAUCGACCCAAUGAACAUUGAAUUCGAUCCCGACGACGAACCUGAUUCCAACGCUUUCAACGAUCCUUGCGCGUUUAAGUCGGCAUACGAUUUCCUCUGA